GUUCAACAAUCAGCGAUGCCCAGGGAUGAAGGUGGAAAUCAUUUCCUGGCGGACAAAGGUAGCCCCAAGGGGCUGGAUUCCCAGCCCCUUCUUUCAUCCGUUGAGGACCACGAAACCACAAACCAUGCAGAUUCCGUCAGCGCGACCCGCAGCGGACUGCCGCAUCACUCUUCUAUAUCCCAGCCGGUCCCAGAAGGACAGCGACGCACCCCUCGGACCAUGAACCGCGUUCGUUUCGACCUGGAGGAGGAACCAGAAGAAGAGCGUCGCUCAGAACAUGACUCCCGCGAUUCAGACGAUAUAUCAUGGCUUGAAGAAGAGGACUACGGUCGCGGUGAGGGUAGGCGGCGCCAGAUGGUUCCUUUGUUGACGGAUAUCGAGGCACCAAGUGUCACGCUUGCGACUUCAGAUGAAUUCUUCCCGGAAGAGCAUCUUGAGAACGCUCGUCCAAGGAGUGGAAUGCGCAUGGCUUUCAUGAACAUGGCCAACAGCAUCAUAGGAGCCGGCAUAAUAGGACAACCUUAUGCGCUGCGCCAGGCAGGAUUAGUUAUGGGGCUAGUGCUGCUCGUUGGGCUUACGGUUGCGGUGGAUUGGACCAUCCGGCUUAUAGUUGUCAAUUCGAAGCUAAGCGGAGCAGACUCAUUCCAGGCAACAAUGCAGCAUUGCUUCGGCAAAAGCGGGCUCGUCGCAAUCUCGGUUGCUCAGUGGGCUUUUGCUUUCGGUGGUAUGAUUGCCUUCUGUAUCAUUGUCGGGGAUACUAUACCGCAUGUCCUAGGUGCCUUGUUUCCCUCGCUGCGAGACAUGUCCUUCCUGUGGCUCUUGACUGACAGACGAGCCAUCAUUGUGCUUCUUGUCCUGGGGAUCUCAUAUCCGCUGUCGCUGUACCGGGACAUUGCCAAGCUAGCAAAGGCAUCUGCGUUAGCCUUGAUCAGCAUGGUUGUGAUCGUCAUUGCCGUGAUCACCCAGGGCUUUAGAGUACCUUCCGAGUCGCGCGGCGACGUUAAAAGUCUACUGUUUGUCAAUUCGGGCUUCUUUCAAGCUGUCGGAGUAAUCUCAUUUGCAUUCGUUUGCCACCAUAAUAGCCUUCUCAUCUAUGGCUCACUCAAAAAGCCGACUCUGGAUCGUUUCGCGAAAGUGACACACUACUCGACAGCAGUCUCUCUUUUGACCUGCCUAGCCAUGGGUGUUUCCGGGUUCUUGUUCUUUGGCUCUCAGACUCAAGGCAAUGUGCUUAACAAUUUUCCGUCGGACAACUUCCUGAUCAAUAUAGCCCGGCUAUGCUUCGGGCUGAACAUGCUCACAACUCUCCCCCUAGAGGCAUUCGUCUGCCGAUCAGUUAUGACAACUUAUUACUUUCCUGAUGAACCCUUCAAUAUGAACCGGCACUUGAUCUUUACCUCGGCGCUGGUUGUCGCUGCGGUUGGCAUGGCUUUGAUUACCUGCGACCUGGGCGCAGUCUUCGAGCUAAUCGGCGCAACGAGCGCAGCAGCACUGGCCUAUAUUUUCCCUCCGUUGUGCUACAUCAAGCUCAGCAAUGCCUCCCGCACAGCAAAGAUUCCCGCGUAUCUAUGCAUUGUCUUCGGAGUUGUUGUGAUGGCAGUAAGUCUGCUGCAAGCGGUCGCAAAGAUGAUAAGCAAUGAAGGCGGUGCAGGCACCUGUAGUGCUUAGACGGAGUAUUACCCAGGGACUUAGAUCCUGCAGCCUUUAACCUUUUCUUCAAUCCAUGUCUUAUAAGUGAUAGACUUUAGCCAAUUCUCUGGUUCACAAUAAUGUACAUAAAGGAUGGUGUAUGACCGAGUAGAGUCUCUCUGCCCAUGAGCACUAGGAGAUAGCCCGAGGGGGAUAAAAAAAUAGUUGCUUUGUUUCAAGUAUACGAAGAUAUCG